AUGGCUGCUGCAGGACUCGAGCCCCAUCCUAUUCCUGUGCCCAGGAGCUGGUGCCAAGGAUCCUGUGCCUCUGGUGGAGGUCAGGAGCAAAGUCCUGGCAUCAAAUAUGACUUGGGAGUUUCAGGAUUGCUGUUCCCCUCAGAAUCUUUGCCCUGCCUUGGAACUCAUUUGUCCCAUUGUUCUUUUCACUUUGUGAAGGAGCUGUCUGCAUUCCUGAGUGUCUUUGUGCUGUGUGAUCAAAACCAUGAUGAAUGCUGCUGGCGAGGAUUGGAAGUGACCCUCUUAACCAAGGCCCACCUCUUCUCCAGAGACACUGUGCACUGGGUGCCCCUGUCCAUCUGCAAGAGGUCCUGCCUUCUGCCAGCAGAACUGCAGAUAAAAUCAGCUCCGAGGCCUACGACAAGGUCAAGAUCAGACAGCAGACCUGAAGGACUAGUGGGAGAGCACUGCCUGACCAUCAUCAUUUCCAUGGCAACAACCACAGUGAGAUCUACCUCAAUGUCACCUGGAGCUUCAUCACCACUGGCUACUGCUCUUCCAUACCGUCACCCUCAUUUCCUGUGCCUGAUUGUCUCCUGCCUCACCAUGCUCAUCUUCCACCUGCUUUCUAGAUGCAGAGAGAAGAUACCUAUGUGCGUCUGCAUGCUGCUGUCCCUCACUGACUUCCUGCUGCUCGUCACUGAGAUCAUCCUGACCACCUCACUGGUCACCCCGCUCAUCAGUGAAGGAAGACUGGAAGUGUGUUGCCAUGGUCAUUGAUAGGAUAUUCCUGUGCUUGUUCAUCAUUGUCUGCUUUCUGGAAGCCACUGGACUCUUCUGCUAUUCCUGGCCGGAAUGAUAGGACUUCAUGUUCCUUGUGUUGGUCCUAUAGUAGCCCUGGCAACCACCUUUUGUCUCUAGGUUAUCCUUCAGGGUCAAUGCCAUCUGUGCCUUUGUGGAAAAGCUAAACUGGCCAGGACAUUGAACUCUUUUAGGCACAGUUCAUCUUGACAUUACUACACCCCGUGUUGUGAUCCAUUGGACACAAAGUCCUGCUUUGGAGGCUACAGAGCUGGAAAAGGUGAAGGCAUCUGCUCUGCAGAAGGCUGGGAUGCAGCGGUGGCAAUGUGAGGCAGAAGAUGCUCCCAGAGGAGCAAUGUGGACCCUAAGUGACAGAGCAUGCAGUGGAAUAGAGAGGUCGGACUAGGACAAAGAGAAACAACGCAACUCCAGAAGGGCACAUAGAGAAAAGAGGAGGAAGAGGGGGGAUGGAAAGACUAUAACACUGGGUGCGGGAGGAAGGUGGAAGAACAGAGCGGCAGGUGGCUGUCUGCAGGUAGCGGGGCCAUUACCCCCACCAAAGCAUCUCAGCCCAUGGUCUCUCUCUGCUUCGAGCUUACCCCUUCCUUGCCACAAAGUCACCCCCAACAGGCAACAGAGCUGCGGCACUGCCUGUGGGGCACCCUUAAACGGAACCAUGCAGUGGACAAAUCAAGCAAGCAAUCCUGAGUCAUUCUUGACCCAACUCAAACUUGUAGCAUGAGCUGGGUAUGGUGAUGUGUACCUGUAAUCCCAGCCCUCUGGGAGUCCAAGGCAGGAGGAUCACAAGUCUGAGACCAGCCUGGUAAACUUAUGUGAGAGCUGGUCUCAAAAUAAAAAUUAGAAAGAGCUGGA